AUGGAGAUCGACCAGGCUCACUUCCGCCCGCAACUCCUGUCCAUCCUCCAGCAUAUUGCAAAUGCCUCCUUCGUCACUUUCGACCUGGAGAUGAGCGGUAUCAGCACUCGGCCCAAGCACUCCACGGGCAAUCGUACUCACGAUGUUGGCAAACCCAGUCUCCAAGCCCAGUACGACGAGAUGCGCUCUGCCGCCGAGACUUUUCAGGUCCUGCAAGUCGGCAUCACCUGCGUAGAAGAGGAUCGCGACAAAGAGUUCUACCUCGCCCGUCCCUUCAACUUCAACCUCACGCCUCUGUCGGCCGACGGCGUGGAUCUCCGACUCGACCGCCAAUUCACCUUCUCAGCCAGUGCCUGUGACUUUCUGAAUCGGAACCGCUUCGACUUCGGCAAGAUCUUCAGCGAGGGUGUCCCGUACUUGUCUCGUGACGAGGAAGAGGAGCGCAGAGAGGAGUACGCCCAACGAGCGAGCAAGAAUGCUGCGAUCCCGGAUAUCGUCAUUGGGCUAGAGGAUGUUGCUACCUUGGAGUUUUCGCGCACGACCCGCAAGGCUAUUGCUGCCUGGGCCAAGGACGAGAAGGCCGAGUAUGCCUUUUGCAACAUUGGCAAUGAUGCUGGGCCCAUGAAUGCUUUCCAACGCCGCAUUGUCCAUCAGAUUGUCCGCAAUGAGUUUCCAGCUCUCAGAGUAUUUGCUCGCAAUGAUGGUCACUUCAUGCAGGUUGAGAAGCUGGACGUGGAGAGAGAGGAGAGCUUCCAAAGGAGACAAGCUACUCGCUUCAACGCCUCGAUUGGCAAGCAAAAAGGCCUCCGCUGGAUCUUUGAAGCCCUAGCUGGCGGCGACCUUUCCGGCAUUGACCCAGAAUGGUUCCGCGACAAGUCCUCCCCUAACUCCGAGUCCGAUUGGAAGCGCGUUCAAUCCGAGCUCGCCACCGUCACUACCACCCUCCGCACCCACCGCCCCUUGAUCGUCGGUCAUAACCUCUUCGCCGACCUUGCUUUUCUCUUCAGAACCUUCGUCGGCCACCUUCCUGUCAACGUCAAGCACUUCCAAGAAGAUAUACAUGCCCUCUUCCCCCGCGUCAUCGACACCAAAUACGUCGCUACUUACAACACCGACGCUAUGAACCCACGUGUCGGCCUCAAGGACCUUCUUGCUCCAUUCAGAAAGACGCAUACCCCGCUGAUUGUGUUGCAUGAGAAUCAUACGGCGUAUGGCGCUGGCUUUGGCAAGGAGCACGAGGCGGGCUUUGAUAGCUGGAUGACGGCUGAAUUGUUUGUUAAGCUUGCUGCGUCAAAGGUGCCUGUGCAAGCCACCACUCCCUCUGCUGCUACCUGCCCGCCUCCUCAUCCCUCUUCUAGCUCAUCCUCGGAUAACGACUCUGACUGUCAUGGUGGUGGCGCAAUGCUGGGCGGCCACCAACCUCCCGCUUGGCAUGCGGCCAAGCUCAACGGGGGCAAGAAAAAGAGCAAGAGCAAAAGCAAAAUCAACAGCAACAGCAGCAAUAUCAGUACCAGCAACCCAUUCUCUGUCCUCCUGAACAGCAAAGACGACGAUGAUACAGAUGAAUCGAACCCGAAGCAGUGGCUUCCGUCAUUCGAGGAUAAGUUCUGGCAUAUCUAUAUGAACAAGCUGCGGGUUAACGCUAGUGAGGGCGGAGUAUGUGAUCUUGAGGAGAGAGAAAAUGAUGAGCGACUCGAUGGCUUGAGGAGAAAGUUCAAGAAGGCUAGUAAAGCAUGA